AUGUCCAAUCCAGCCCCCCUCGACGCCAAAGUCUCCUCAAUCCUCGGUCAAAAAUUCGACUCCUCAAGAACCGACCCCGAUGACCUCGAUGAAGACGCCCUGUUCGACGAACUUGAAAAGGAAGAUGACACCGCCUACCGUGCCCACCGUCUUGAACAGCUACACAAAGAAGUCGUAUCCGCAAAGGAAGCACUUAAACAAAAGCCCCACAACAACAGCAGCAGUAACACUACAACCAUAGAUGCCUUCUAUCCCACCUUAGUCGACGACCGGGCCGUGCUAGACCUUACAACGAAUAACGAGCGCUGCAUUGUUCAUUUCUCGCACACGGAUUUUGCGCGCUGCGCAGUCAUGGAUGAGCAUUUACGACUUCUCGCACCGCGGCAUCAUGAAGUCCGGUUUGCGCGCGUGGAUGUACGAAAUUGUCCCUUCGUCGUUGAGAAACUCAAUAUCCGUGUUCUACCCUGCGUUAUAGGAUUUGUUGAUGGUAAUGGGAAAGAGCGGAUUAUUGGGUUUGAAGGGUUGGUGUCGAUUGGGAAGAGUGCGCUCAGGGGCAAAGGGGCAGAUAAUUUUAGGACGACGGAUUUGGAGAAGAGGUUGUUGUCUGCGGGGAUCUUGGUGAGGGGGAAAUAUGUUGAGGAGAUGAGAGGGUUGGGGCACGAUGAUGACGAGGGUGAGGGCAGUGAGAGUGACUUGGAGGAUGAGAGGAGAGGGAAGUCGUUGCGGAAGGGAAUACGGGAUGGGACGAGUAAGCAACGUUAUGCUGAGGAUGAUAGUGAGGAUGAUUGGGAUUGA